CCUACAUGCUGCCACGAUGCAUGCUUUCAGUACAUUGUAAAACCUACAUAGUUUAAGCACUACUAUAGCACUAUUCUAUAUCUAAUUCUACAAAGAAGAUUCACCACUCAUUUGGUAUACCAUCAACUAUGACACCAACAUUUUAGAAAUACCUAGAGUUGUUUAAUAAACCCACACAGAGUGCUACUGCGUGGUACGGAUAUGGGAACACAUAUGGCAUGUAUAUUAAUGUUUUCCAUAUAGUGCACUAGAAUAUCAACCACAUCACAUUUACAUGGUCCAUGGUCUAUACCAACUACAAGAACGUUUGAAACAUUUUUGGUGGCAUGAGUCUGAAGUCCUGCAGAGAUCCCAACACAAGGGAGUUUUUGAAUACCUGGCAAGGUCGAGGGGUUGAUUAAGUCAAUAUUUUCCAAGCAACACAUCAGCUCAUUAAACACAUCCCACAACGAAAUUAGAAAUUUUGCUGAUGAAGUCAAGCAACGAAGACUUAUCUAUCAGUUCAAGCCAAAAACAGCCAGAGAGGCAUGAUAUCAACACCCUCAAGGAACAAAAGUCACCACAGACAACAUAGUUGGAAAAUAGCUUUUGCGUUAAACACAGGUGGUUUACCAAACAAUGGGGAUCAGGAAAGCAUCAAUGGCGACACACCCACGGGGCUGGGUCAAACAAGAUUGAGCCGGCUAGUGGCUGCAGGCUCAAGGCAGCUAUUGGAGAAGCUAAACUCGGCUAGAAAGAACUUCCCCGUGAAGGUAUUUCUUCUACUCCUUGGUUUUUACACUGCCAAUGCACUGGCUACCAUCCUUGGCCAGACCGGGGACUGGGAUGUUUUAGUGGCGGGUGUCGUGGUGGCAGCAAUUGAAGGGAUAGGUAUGCUUAUGUAUAAAAAGUCCAAAUCUGUGUCUAGCAGUAGCAGUAAACGAAGGUUUGAGUCCCUAAUAGUGAUGGUAAACUAUUGGAAGGCUGGUGUUUGCCUUGGGCUCUUUGUAGAUGCCUUUAAAUUGGGUAGUUAAACCUUCCAUAUUGUUUGCCUACCAGUAAUUAUGUUCCUGUCAUCCUUUUGCAUUCUAUUCCCUUCAUUUACGAAUUUUGAGAUACUGAUAAUUGUAUUAGUUGUAGAUUAAACUAUUCUUUUAGGUCAAACAUAUUAGCAACUACUGUACAAAGUUUGUGUCAUGAAUUAUCAACAUAGUGUAUCACAUAUAAA